CGAUGAAGAUGCAAAAAGAGCUUCUAGAAAAUUUGCAAGGAUACUCCAGCAAUUAGGAUUUAGAGUCAAGUUUACCAAUUACAGAGUUGUCAAUGUGUUAGGUACAUGCACAAUGGAUUUUGGUAUUAAUUUGAAUAAAUUUGCUGAAAAGCAUAGACGCUUAGCUAGCUAUGAACCUGAAUUACAUCCUGGCGCUACAUACAAAAUUAAAGAGCUUAAAGCAACCCUAAAAUUAUUUACCACUGGUAGCAUAACCAUAACAGCUCCCAGUGUGGAUAAUGUGAGACUAGCUGUUGAACAUAUCUAUCCGUUGGUGUAUGAAUUCAAGACACAGAAACCGCCUUCAAAAAAUAAACUAUCAAUACCAUAUGCUAUACGAGAUCCAUAUACGAGAGUAAAAAUUGAAGACUUUGAUGAAGAUUUUGAAGAUCUGUCUGAUCAAGAAAAUAUAAGUGACUUACAUGAUUUACCAGACAGUGAUGGAAGCUGGGAUUAA